AUGUAUCGGUAUAUAGUACAAAUUUUUAUUAUUAUUUCUGGAUUUAAUAUUGCAAAUGGGAAAUAUGUGGAAGGACAUUUGAAAACGUUUGAGAAUUGGGCUUUCUUGGCGAGAUUUUGCUUUCUAUCUCAUCAUGGCCAAUAUGAAUAUCAUAUUGAAUACAGUAAAAGUUUAGGUGUACCAAAUUUGCUGCUCUAUUAUGACAGCGAAACCCAAUGGCCAGCAGUGUAUAAAACAAAGAAGACAUGUGCUCAAAAAGAAGCUGUCCUUAGCAUUCAGGACAACCAAAUAAUACCAUUAAGUACACUUUAUCCUGAUAGUAUAAGAUCAGGAUGCUACAUAAGAGAUCCGGCAACCUCAGAAGACGAUAAUGGAAAACAUAUAAGAAAUACAACAAAAAAGCCAAAAUACCCGACCACUACCGAAGAUGCCACAUAUUUCGAUCAAUUUCUAAAGACUACUACUGCAGAUUAUACGACUACAGAAGAAAAUUUUAAUAUCACUACUAGCGAUACCAAUGCAGAAUCCACAACCAUGGAAGAAAUAACUACUAUAAAUUAUGAAACAAAACUGGAGGAACAAACUGAAAAUCUAUUUGAUCCUAAUGUUUCACUUAAAGAGAAUUCAAGAAUAAAAAGGCAUUCAUUGGAUACUGAAGGAAAAGCUACUCUGACGGUGGUGUGUAGACAAAAAGGUAGAUUCUUAAGUGCCAGAGAAAGAUGGUGGUACAUUGCUGUUAGCAAUUGCAGGACCAACAAGGGAUUGGACAUUCGUUAUAAAUUUCUGAUGACCAACGGAGAACCUGGCGAUUACUGGCAUGAACAUUUCUCUGCCGAUGAAAUGUAUAUAUUGCCUAUACUAAUGUUCUACUGCAUGGUGUAUCUACUCAUGUUUCUUGCUGUAUUAAUCUGUUCUGUGGAAUUGCGUUCAAGGCAUUUGCUCCACACCACAUAUAAAGUUUUUUGUACUUCUGUGGUUUUGCAAGAAUUUGGAAUAUUAGCAAACAGUAUUGCUUAUGUUAAAUAUGCUUUAUCGGGACUUGGACCACAUAAUACGUUGGGUAGUGUAAUUAUGGCAUCAAGUGAAGUUGUAUUUCUCACAUUAUUAUUGCUCAUGUCGAAAGGAUUUACCAUAACCCGAGCAAGACUGUCAGGCAAAACAAUUAUAAAACUAGUGGUUUUCAUCAAUACUUAUGUGAUAACGUACUUCAUUUUAUACGCGCAAUCUGAAAAAUUUGAUCCUGGAGAGGUUUUGUACUUGUACGAAUCAGUAGCUGGAUUUGGACUAUGUGGUCUAAGAAUAGUCGCCUGGGGAAUCUUUAUAUGCUCUGUAGCUACUACCAUAAAAAAAUAUCCCGAAAAAGGUACUUUUUAUUAUCCUUUUAGCGUUUUUGGAUCUUUGUGGUUCAUUUCUGGGCCAGCUUUCAUAUUGAUUGCAAAUAGUCACAUCGACAACUGGGUCAGAGAAUCUGUUGUCUGUGGAGUCCAGUUAUUUAUAGCAUUUGCUGGACAUGCAUUCUUUCUGUUUUUAACUGUACCAUCUCGAGCAAAUAAAAACUUUCCAUAUCACAUUCGAACAAGUCAAAUAGGAGUGGCAGAAAAUCAAGAUGGAGAUUUUGUUCAUCAUCCAUACGAACCUAGCCAGCAAACUUAUAUAAUCCCAUUAACUAGAAGAACUGAAGAACUCCUAAAUGGCGUGUAUUCUCAGUAUCUCCCUAAUGGUUCAGCACACCUGAACGAGCUGCCCCCAAUACCAGCUCGUAGAAAAUCCCACAUAUCCUUCCCCUUGGAGGAACCCAGCGCGCCAUCUUUAACGCACCUAGACGGAAAUAAUACUCAACCAACUUCUCCAAAUUUCCUGCAAAACUCAACAGGCGACUUGAACGAAAACCCUGCUUCACCAUCAACAAAUGUUCAAACCCCAGAACAAUCUAAAAGCGGACAACGUACACCGACAUCUGACACCAUCCUGACGCCAAAUGUCGACGAGCAAUUCGACAAGCUAAAGUCCAACCCCUUUGUGAUUCAACCCCAGGCGGCUAGGAGGAAUAAGUUGUUAUUGCAGCCGUUAGAUCGCAGCAAGAUUACUUUGAAAAAUGCGGAAAUCACAAGACUCAGUUUUAGGAGGGGUGGACAAUUAAAAAAUGAAACCGAAGCCAAUGGUGAUAUCAAAACGACGGUCCCGAAGCUUUCUGGGGAAGAGGAAGAAGAUAGUAAUGUUCCUCUGCAUUUGUUUGCUUCGAAGAAUUUAUAG